AUGUCUCCUUCGAUUGUUGAUAGUGUAUUAGACCUGGUAGUGAUUUCAUUAUUAUUGACUUCAUCUGUCCAGGAGGUGAUAACUGUGGCUGAAGUUGGAUCAGGUUGUGAUGGCACAGUGGCUAACUAG